AUGUGUGGUAUCUUUGCAUACGUAAACUACUUGGUCGAAAAGGACCGUGAGUAUAUUCUCAAUGUGCUUGUGAAUGCACUCUCCCGCCUGGAAUACCGUGGCUAUGACAGUGCUGGUCUCACGGUGGACGGUGACCUGGACAAGGAGGUGCUUUUGUUCAAGCAAGUCGGCAAGGUGCAGGCUUUGCGCAAGCACAUUGCCGAGUCGUCGGUGGAUAUGACAAAGACCUUUGUGUCCCAUGCCGGUAUGGCCCACACUCGUUGGGCUACCCACGGCCCCCCUUCGCCACUGAACUGCCACCCGCACAAGAGUGACCCGAAGGGCGAGUUUACGUUGGUGCACAACGGUAUCAUUACCAACUAUCGUGAGCUGAAGUUGGUGCUCGAGAAGCGUGGUUACAAGUUCGAGACGGAUACCGACACGGAGGUUGUGGCUGUGCUGGUGAAAUACUUCUGGGACAGCUACCCGGAGAACCGCAAGCCGAACUUCCACACAGUCGUUCGUUGCGCGGUGAAGGAGCUGGAGGGCGCCUUCUCCUUUGUGUUCAAGUCAGUGCAUUUCCCGGGUGAGAUUGUGGUGGCUCGCCGUGGCUCGCCCCUGCUUAUUGGUGUCAAGACAGAGAAGAAGCUCAAGGUGGACUCGGUCGACGUGCAGCUCGGCAACCAGCUGGAGGCCGAUGCGCUAACGAACGAACCGAACCUGAACAAUAUGCCGAACUUUGACCAGCCGGGUGCGCCGCCUGCGAACACGCCAAGCAGCAUCGACAAGCUGAUCCGCACCCAGUCGCGUGCGUUCUUGUCGGAAGACGGUAUGCCCCAGCCUAUUGAAUACUUCAUUGCCUCGGAUGCGUCGGCUGUGAUUGAACACACGAAGCGUGUGCUUUACCUGGAAGACGAUGACAUUGCGCACAUUGCUAACGGUGAGCUGUUCAUCCACCGUCUGCGCCGCAACGAUGGUCUCUCGUCGACGCGCUCGAUUGAGACGCUUGAGAUGGAGCUGGCUGAGAUCAUGAAGGGCCAGUUCGACCACUUUAUGCAGAAGGAGAUCUACGAGCAGCCCGAGUCCGUCGUCAACACUAUGCGUGGUCGCGUCAACUUUGACACGAGGCAGGUGAAGCUGGGUGGUCUGAUGGCCUACCUGAACGUGAUCCGCCGCUGCCGCCGCAUCGUGUUCAUUGCCUGCGGUACUAGUUACCACUCGUGCUUGGCUACACGUGCGAUCUUUGAGGAGCUGACGGAGAUCCCUGUGUCGAUUGAGUUGGCGUCCGACUUUUUGGACCGCAAGUCGCCCAUCUUCCGUGACGAUGUGUGCGUGUUCGUAUCGCAGUCCGGUGAGACGGCGGACACCAUCAUGGCCAUGCGCUACUGCUUGGGCCGUGGUGCGCUGUGUGUGGGUAUUGUGAACACGGUCGGUAGCACCAUCUCGCGUGAGACGCACUGUGGUGUACACAUCAACGCCGGUCCGGAGAUUGGUGUGGCCUCGACCAAGGCAUACACGUCGCAGUACAUUGCGUUGAUCAUGAUGGCCGUGCAGCUGUCGGAGGACCGUAUCUCGAAGAUGGCGCGCCGCCACGAGAUCAUUGAUGGUCUGCAUGCGCUUCCCGAGCAGAUCCGCAAGGUGCUGGGCAACGACAAGAUGUUCCAGGACCUUGCGUACAAUGCACUUGCGAAGGAGAAGUCGCUGCUCAUUAUGGGCCGAGGUUACCAGCACGCGACGUGCUUGGAGGGUGCUCUGAAGAUCAAGGAGGUGUGCUACAUGCACUCGGAGGGUAUCCUGGCCGGUGAGCUGAAGCACGGCCCGUUGGCGCUCAUUGACGAGUCGAUGGCGGUGAUCCUGGUUAUGACAAAGGACUCGCUGUACCCCAAGGUCCAGACGGCGCUGAGCCAGGUGUCUGCGCGUAACGGCCACCCGAUCAUCAUUUGCAACGAUGACGACACGAACGUGCCCGACGAUGCUCGCUCGCUGCGUGUGCCGCUGACCGUGGACUGCCUGCAGGGUUUGCUGACGAUUGUCCCGCUGCAGUUGCUGUCGUACCACCUUGCCACUGCUGCGGGUGUGGAUGUUGAUUUCCCGCGUAACCUUGCUAAGAGUGUCACUGUCGAAUAA